AUGGAGCUGCAGGUCUUCUACAGGGCGCUCGUGCUCUCGCUCGUCGGCGGCCUCAGCACCGCCCUCGGUGCGCUGUUUGUGGUUUUGAAUCCUGCCCCUAACCUUAAAGUGCUCGGGCUUCUACAGGGUUUUGCUGCUGGACUUAUGCUCAGCAUCUCCUUUCUAGACUUGGCACACAAUGCCCUGAAUUCUAUUGGCUUCUUGAAGGGGAACCUCUGGUUUUUUGCAGGAGUUCUUUUCUUCGGUUUCAUUAUUAAGUUUAUUCCAGAGCCAAAUUUUUCGCCACCAGCUAAUCCAAGCGAGAAAAAGACUGAUGAUGGUGGAACAGGUAAAGAUACGAUGAGGAAACAUCGCCGGCAAGUGUUAUUCAGUGGUAUUAUCACUGCUGUUGGAAUAUGCUUUCAUAAUGUUCCAGAGGGGAUGGCUGUAUUUCUGGGAUCUGUCAAGGGGGUUGCUGUAGCUCUUCCAAUCUAUUUUGCUACCAAAAGGUACUAUCUCAUGCAGAGAUUGGUGGUGAAUGAAAUUUAUAUCUCACAGCAGCCUUCAGAGAUGAAUCUAGCGUUGAAUAUAUCUAAUUUGCAGGCAAAAAGUUUCUCUAAAAUAAAUCCUAAAAUAUCGUCAGUUCAAAUCUGCCAUGAAUCAACACUCUCUGGUUUGGCUGAGCCACUAGGAGUGAUUGCUGUAGCUUUGUUGUUUCGAAGCAGUUUGAAUCCUGACAUUCUUGAAGGCCUACUUGGAUCUGUUGGUGGUGUCAUGGCUUUCCUCACUUUGCAUGAAAUGCUACCUCUUGCAUUUGACUAUUGUGGCCAGAAGCAAGCUGUCAAAGCUGUCUUUGUGGGCAUGGCCUGCAUGUCUGCAAGCUUGUACUUCUUGGAAGUCAGCUUACCAAAGGAGAUAAGCUUGUAG